AAGACCAAGCAAAACAAAGCAGGUGUAGUGCACCAGAAAAUAUAAAACAAAGCAAGAGUAGCAUGCUAAGAAGUACAGAACAAAGCAAGGAUAGUGCACUAGAAAUUACUAUGAUUGAAAGUGGUCUUAAA